AUGGCAAUUAUUGAUCUUCUUCUUCCCAAUUUUCUCAUUUCAUUACCCUUUCUUUUCGUCAUCUUUUAUUUCCCCCUCUUUUUCAAAUGGAACUCACAUGGGAUUCCUUGGAAUUGGCCAAUUUUAGGAAUGAUUCCGACCGUAAUUCAACACAUACACCGAAUCCACGAUCGUAUAACCGAAAUCUUACAACAAACUUCUUGCACUUUCUACUUCAAAGGCAUUUGGUUCACCAACACUGGCUUCUUAAUCACAGUUGAUCCUUCCAAUAUUCACCACAUCAUGACCUCAAACUUUCAAAACUACCCGAAAGGCCCCGAUUUCAAGUACAUAUUCGACGUUUUAGGAGAUGGAAUUUUCAAUUCCGACUCCGAUUCGUGGAAGAACCAACGCAAAGUUGCUCAGUCUUUGAUUGUUCAUGACAAGUUUUUUGAGUUUAUGACUGGAGUUGCGAAGGAGAAAGUGGAGAAAGGGUUGGUGCCAAUUCUUGAGCAUUUUUGUGAAAGUAAAAAAGUGGUUGAUUUGAAAGAUUUGUUCUUGAGAUUAAUGUUCGAUUCUACUUGUAUGAUGGUUGCUGGAUUUGAUUUCAAUAGUUUGUCUCUUGAUUUCCCUGAUAUGGCUUUUGCUAAAGCUAUGGACGACGUUCAAGAAGUGAUUUUUUUUCGCCAUUUGUACCCUAAGUUUUAUUGGGAGUUGCUUAAGAAGCUUGGGAUUGGUGAUGCUAAGAAGAUGAAAAAUGGCACUGAUACCAUAAAUCAAGCCAUUGCUAACUUGAUCGCUCUAAAAAAACAGCGUCUUAAAUUACAACAAGAUGAUGAUGGUGGCGGUCCUGAUUUGAUCACACGGUAUAUGAUGAAUAAACAUGACGAGAUCAACUAUAACGACAAGUUUUUUAGAGACUUGAUCUUAACCUAUCUAAUCGCAGGACGAGAUGGUUUGAGCAUAGCUUUGUCAUGGCUCUUCCAUAUCCUUUCCAAAAACCCCACUAUAGUAGCAAAUAUUCGAGAAGAACUGAAAAACAUAAUAAUAAUCCCACAAAAAGAAUCAGAAUCUCCAAAAGGAUCACAACCACAAAUAUUUGGUAUUGAAGAACUUAGCAACUUGGCUUACUUACAUGGAGCUUUAUGUGAAAUCCUUCGUCUCUAUCCUCCAGUUGCAUUUGAACACAAAUCCUCAGUUGAAGCCGACACACUUCCGAGCGGCCACCUUGUGAAACCUGGUACUAGGAUUGUGUUGUCGACGUACGCAUUAGGAAGAAUGAAGAGUGUUUGGGGAGAAGAUUAUGAAGAAUUUAAACCAGAGAGAUGGAUUACUGAGAAAGGGAGGAUUAAAAGAGAGCCAUCAUAUAAAUUCUUCACUUUCAAUACAGGGCCGAGAUCUUGCUUGGGGAAAGAGGUGACAUUUGCUCAAUUGAAAAUUAUUUCAGCUGCAAUUAUCCAUAAUUAUGACAUUGAAUCUGUUGUUGAAGACAAUAAUGGAAUUGCUCCAGUUGCUUCUAUAAUACUUCAUAUGAAGACUGGGUUUAAGGUUAGGGUUUCUAAGAGAUUAAAGUUGUGA